GAGAUGUUGUCGGAGGCUCGCGCUCGCCUCGCGAACACGCAGGGCAAGAAGGCGAAGAGAAAGGCAAGGGAGAAGCAGCUGGAGGAAGCCCGGCGCCUCGCCGCGCUCCAGAAACGCCGAGAGCUGCGCAUGGCCGGCAUCGACGCACCCGCCAGGAGGCGCCGCCGUCGCGGCGUAGACUACAACGCCGAGAUUCCGUUUGAGAAGCGACCGGCCAAGGGUUUCUUCGACACGAGUGAGGAGAGCUUCACGCCUUCGGAUCAGGACUUCCGGAGGUUGAGGCAGCAGCAUCUUGAUGGAGAGAUGCGGAGCACGAAGGAGGAACGGGAGCGAAGGAAGGACAACAGCUUCGCACUGAGAGGAAGUAAAUGGUAUUGUGAGAAUGAUACAAAAUACGGCGAGACGUGUCCACAGAAGUACGAAGUGCGCUCGG